AUGAUAAAACGAACAUUAUUUUCCUUCUUUCGCAAAACUAACUUCUCAACAACCUCUAAACUCAACAUCUUCGAUCGCCAACUCAAACGCAACCAGCGUGACCGUGCCGCAUGGUUGAUGCCUCAAAACGAUCCUUUACUUCACACUGUUGCUGAUAAUCUAUCAGAUCGCUUGCAGGAUUGUAAGAAGAUUUUUCCCUCAGCUUUAUGUUUGGGAGGUUCAUUGCAAGCAAUCACACGAUCUCUUCGCGGCCGAGAUUCCAUAGAAAAGCUUAUUGUCAUGGAUGCAUCCUAUGACAUGGUACAUCGUUGUAAAAAUGAUUACCAUGAGUCCAUCAACAAUAACAUGGAGACAACGUUUUUGGUUGGCGACGAAGAAUUCUUGCCUAUCAAAGAAAGCUCAGUGGAUUUGGUUAUUAGUUGCUUGGGGCUUCACUGGACUAAUGAUCUUCCAGGAGCAAUGAUACAAUCUAUGUUGGCAUUGAAGCCAGAUGGCCUGUUUUUAGCAGCUAUCCUCGGUGGAGAAACAUUAAGGGAACUCAGAAUAGCUUGUACUGUAGCACAAAUGGAACGCGAAGGAGGGAUCAGUCCCCGAGUUUCACCUUUAGCACAGGUUCGAGAUGCUGGGAAUCUGUUGACUAGGGCAGGAUUCAACCUACCAGGUGUUGAUGUUGAUGAGUAUACAGUUAAAUAUGGAAGUGCCCUGGAGCUUAUAGAACAUCUCCGUGCAAUGGGUGAAACAAAUGCACUUUCCCAAAUGAACUCGAUGCUGAAGAGGGACACAGCCUUAGCAACUGCAGCUAUUUAUGAUUCAAUGUUUGCUUCAGAAGAUGGCACUGUACCUGCAACCUUCCAGGUUAUAUACAUGACGGGUUGGAAGGAACAUCCUUCUCAACAAAAAGCAAAACGAAGAGGAUCAGCUACGGUUUCUUUUAAGGAUAUUCAGACACAAUUUGGAAACCAGAGUUGA